AUGAGGAGAGGAGGAGGAGAAGCGACGUCCCACACCUGCCUCAGACCCCGCUGGAGGCCCACAGGCCCUGGACCCACCUGGUAUGCUACCCAAAUAUCUGCUAGACCAAGUUGGGACGUUACACAGACACCUACUGGACCCAGUCGGGACGUUACCCAAACACCUAUCUGGAACCCGGUCGGGACGUUACCCAAACACCUGCUAGGACCCAGUCGGGGACGUUACCAAACACCGCUGGACCCAGUCGGGACGUUACCCAAACACCUGCUGGACCCAGUCGGGACGUUACCCAAACACCUACUGGACCCGGUCGGGACGUUACCCAAACACCUGCUGGACCCAGUCGGGACGUUACCCAAACACCUACUUGACCCUGGCGGGACGUUACCCAAACACCUGCAGACCCAGUCGGGACGUUACCAAACACCUGCUGGACCCAGUCGGGACGUUACCCAAACACUGCUGGACCCAGUCGGGACGUUACCCAAACACCUACUGGACCCGUCGGGACUUACCCAAACACCUGCAGGACCCAGUCGGGACGUUACCCAAACACCUACUGGACCCAGUCGGGACGUUACCCAAACACCUACUGACCCGGUCGGACGUUACCCAAACACCUGCUGGACCCAGUCGGACGUUACCAACACCUGCUGGACCCAGUCGGACGUUACCCAAACACCUACUGGACCCGAGCGGGACGUUACCCAAACACCUCUAGGACCCGGUCGGGACGUUACCCAAACACACCUACUGGACCCAGUCGGGACUCGGGACGUUUACCCAAACACCUGCGUGGACCCAGUCGGGACGUUACCCAAACACCUACUGGACCCAGUCGGGACGUUACCCAAACACCUGCUGGACCCAGUUGGGUCGUUGCCUAAACACUUGCGGGACCAGACGGAGACAGGGACAAAACCAGGGGUGGAGAAGGUUCACAGCCCCAUCCAGGCCUUCAUCCAUCAUCUACAACAGCAACCACUUACCCCUCCCAAUCCCUCCCCAUCACCUGAGGUCCUGGCUGGGACUGUGUCAGUGGAGGAUCACACUGUCUCCGCUGUGGCCAGUGAGAUGGAGGAGGCCCCUCCACCCAUCCAGCCAGCAGUUCUAGGACAGGCAGGAGCCCAGUCUGCGAUGCCUCUCAGCCCUUGUGUGUUGGUGGCCUAUCCAGCUUCACUACACCCAUCUCCUACCCUGCUAUGCCACUCUCCUAYCCUGCUAUGCCACUCUCCUACCCUGCUAUGCCAAUCUCCUACCCUGCUAUGCCAAUCUCCAUCUGAGCAGGGUUUAGUGAGAACACUCCCGAAUGGGCAGGGCUUAGGGUCCACACCCUUUACUAGGCAGGGCUCAGGGUCCACACCCCAACAAGACAGUUUAUCUUCCCCACCAAGUGGGGCCACCUCCCUGGGACUGGCUGGAUCUGGAUCUGGGUCUGGAAGUGCCGUCCCUCAAACCCAGACUGCAGUUUACAGAAGCCCCUCCCCUCUGCCUGUCAGCACCUCCCCCCAGCUCCAGACUGCAGUGUUCAGAAGCCCCUCCCCUCUGUCUGUCAGCACCUCCCCCCAGCUCCAGACUGCAGUGUUCAGAAGCCCCUCCCCUCUGUCUGUCAGCACCUCCCCCCAGCUCCAGACUGCAGUGUUCAGUAAGCCCUCCCUCUGUCUGUCAGCACCUCCCCCAGCUCCAGACUGCAAGUGUUCAGAAAGCCCUCCCCUCUGUCUGUCAGCACCUCCCCCCAGCUCCAUCUGCAGUGUUCAGAAGCCCCUCCCCUCUGUCUGUCAGCACUCCCCCCAGCUCCAGUCUGCAGUGUUCAGCAACCCCAGCCCCUCUCCUCUACCUGUCUGUGUGCCUCAACAGCAGCCUGACCCCCCUAGAUGCAGCCUGACCCCCUCCUAUCACCCCCAUCACAUCACCAUCAACCCCAUCAUCUCCAUCCCUAUCACUACCAUCAUCAUCAUCACCAUCACCCCCAUCACCAUCAUCCCCAUCCCUAUCACUACCAUCAUCACCAUCUUCUACCCCAGUGGCCACCAGGCCCCCACACAGUCCAGGGCCCACACAGUUCGGUGCUCCACACUUCCAGGAGCCCCAGGUACGACCAGGGCCCACGCCACAGAGAGGCAGACCAGUGCUCAGAGCAGUUCAGACAGCCAACAGUCAAAGACAAAGGUGGCCGGUCCUGUGGCGAAGGAGAGGGAGCAGAGACUGACUGAUGCAAUGUGCAGGCUCCAGCAGCAGCUGUGUCAGGACCAGGGACCGGUCCAGAGCCCUUACAUCUGUUCUCCCUUCUCCUCAUUGGGGGAGGCUGUGACACACCUGUUACCAUACCACACCUGUGCCGGACACCUGCCUAGUCAGGACGACUUCAAUUUAGUGGACAAGCAGUUUGACACUGUGUCAGGCUUCCUACUGAAACGCACCAAGGACAUGCUCAACAAAUACAGACAGCUACUGCUGGGGGAGGCACUGCAGGUGAUGCCGUCGGCAGAGAUGGUGAUGCUGGAUCGUCUGUUCCUCCAAUCAGAGAGGUUUUCCCUGGGGGAGGACCGACACAGGGCCCGUAGAGACCCAGAGUCUUCCUGAUGACCCUGCAUGCAUCUGAGUCCUCCAGCUCCAGGUCAUCCCGUGUGGGGUCGAUCGGUCUGGCAGCCCCC